GUCCCUUUGGCUAAUAAUACAGCCUUUUCUUUGAAAAAGAAGAGAGCAGCACAAUUCCUCUCUCCCCUUCCCUUCUCUUCCUAAAGCCCUUCUUCUCCUGUGCCACAGGUCAAGGAGGGAGUGUGCCAAGGUUUUGCUGAGAUAAGGGAAACGCUUUCCAGCGCACAGAGCCAGGGCCAUUCUUCCUGAGGAACCUGGUGGUGGACAGGUGAGUGGGUAGCCAGCCCUGCCAGGAAGGACCGGACGGACCUCACGGACCUGGAGGACAAGGUGGGCCUGAAGGUUGGCAUCAUGUCGGACAUGGAAUUUGGGCAGAUGUCCAUCAAGGAAUCCGAACUAGAUGGCAAAGGCCUCUCCGCUCGCCCCCACUGGUUCGAGCGUUAUGUCCAGCCUUGCGUUGGGGAGCUGGUGGGCUCUACCUUCUUCAUCUUCAUCGGCUGCACUUCAGUCAUUGAGAAUUCGGAGGGCACUGGGAGGCUGCAGCCGGCACUGGCCCACGGACUGGCCCUGGGGCUGACCAUUGCUGUCCUGGGGAAUAUCAGUGGAGGCCAUUAUAACCCGGCAGUUUCCCUGGGGGCCUGGCUGGUCGGUGGGCUGAACAUGGUGAUGGUCAUCCCAUACUGGAUCUCCCAGCUCUGUGGGGGGCUGAUCGGAGCUGGUCUCGCCAAGGCCAUGUCAGACUGGCAAAGAUAUGAGAAUGCCACAGGGGCAGCGUUCACCACCAUCACCUCCGAUGAGCAACUCCCAGCCGCCGUCCUGGGGGAGAUUGUGAUGACCAUGUUCUUGGUCAUGGCUGUCUGCAUGGGAGCCAUCAAUGAGAAGACCAAGGGCCCCCUGGCCCCCUUCUGCAUUGGCUUCACUGUCACAGCGGACAUCCUUGCAGGGGGUGCUGUCUCUGGAGCCUGCAUGAACCCAGCCAGAGCAUUUGGACCUGCAGUGGUUGCAAACUACUGGGACUAUCACUGGGUGUACUGGGUGAGCCCCAUGGUGGGUGGACUCCUGGUUGGUGCAUUGAUAAGGUUCCUGAUUGGAGACAGGAAGACCCGCAUCUGGCUAAAAUAACUGAUGCCUGGAUGCAGCAGGGCUUUUUGGCCUUCAGCCAUGCUGUCCACCUCUCCUCCCCUGCCAUCCUUCUUGGCCAGACUCAGGACAUCCCUGUCCACUUGGAGGCAAUAGCUUGGACUCCUGGACCCCUUUUCAGGACUUGUUCCUUUCUACCAUUUAUUGUGUGUUUAUUAUUUAUUGCAGCUUCUUUUGUGUGAAUGAAGACAGAUGCAAACCACUGGCUGCUCCGAAUUUGGGAGAGCCUCACUUAGGUACAUUUUGGACCAAAAUUUUGCAGCACCAGAAGGUCCCUUUCUCUCUCCACUUUCAAGGAGGGAAGGGUCUCCUCUUCCUCCUCUUUACCCAGAAUGCUUUGCCACGGCCGUCUGCGCAAAGGAAAACACCCUUCUCUUGGAUGCUGUGAUGUCACAGAUGGUGGGUGAUGCCAUGAGGGUGAUGUCACAGGGCAAUGCCACUAAACAUGAUGCAAUAUUACCCUCAGUUGCUCAGAGUAUGUCAUUCCAACAACAAACUCCCAGUCUAACAAAGCAAGAGAAUAUAUUUCUUCGUGGUCUCUGCAAAUGCACACAAAUGGCGUUAUUCUGCCCCUACGCAGUCAGCUUCAGAACCUUCUUAGCGCUAUUAGCGGCAUUUUAGCGGUAGCAACUGCUUUAUCAGACAGUUUCCUGCCUAAACCCUCCUUUUAUGCGCCGCAAAAGCAGCAUCUAGGAACUCUUCACAGAUUCAUUUUCCUGUCAGACUUUUAAAAUUUGAUUUGAUAGGGUCAAUCUGCAUUUUGGUGGUCAUUUUUUUUAAACAUCGCUGCAAUUUAUUAGAAAACCAAAUAUGUAAAUAUGGGUUUAAAUUCUGAGGUAAAAGUUGUUUAACAACAGCUUGCACUGCGAUUUCUUAGAGAAUCGCGCACUUAUAUGUGGGUUUAAAUUCUGAGGUAAAAAUUGCUUAACGGCUUCUUGCCUCACCUUCGCGUUUGGCAAGGCUCUUUCUUCUCUGAGGAGACUUUUAAAAUUAAACCUGAGGAAAACAUCUUUUCUUUUUAAACGACUGCGCCCUUCGCUGGCGCACUUGCUAAAGUCCCCUUUUUAUUCCUGAGGAGAAUUUUUUAAAAAUGGCGCCCACCUCACUGAGGCGCUGGGCAAAGUCUGUUUGAACUCCUGAGGAGAAUUGCAAAUGGAGGCUGUACCAAAAUGACUCAUUUGUAGUUGCUGGGAGCCCUUAACUCCCAGAAAAUAAGGCUGCAUCCACACUGGAGAAAUAACCCAGUUUGGCACCACUUUAACUUUUUGCUGGCUCAAGGCUAUGAAUUCUGGGAGUUGAAGUCUGUUGUGAGGUCCAGAGAUGAGCUCUCCACUCCGCUCUGGGCCUACAACAAACUCCAACUCCCAGAAUUCCAAACCCUUGAGCCAGGAUGCUGAAAAGCAGUGCCAAACUGGGUUAUUUCCCCAGUGUGGAUGCAGCCUAAGGUGGCGUUCCCACAUGGCCUAAAAUGUUUAUUAGGAUGUGAAUUAAGGGGGCAUCGUUUCCAUUUAACCCCGAAUCCGAUCCGCAUUGCCUCAGAAUCGUUCCCAUUCAGUUUCGAAUCUGAUUUGGGUUUCAUUGUAUAUUCCGGAUUAUAUGCCUAUAAACCGGUUUAAAAAAACAGUAGGUUAUAAUGCGGAUUAUUUUUGAUCCUGGGGUCCGAUUCGCUGUAUCCGAAUGGGAACGACAAGGCUGUCUGAUUCGGGAACCUGGAGAUGGGAGGAGCAGCGCUCAAGAGGCUGACCUUGGGGUGUCACCCUCUUUGUUGGAACAUAAUCCGAAUCAGAAUCGCGCCAAUAUAAUCCGUUUUAUCUGCCAAGUGGGACCGCUCCCUACGCCUUAAGGGAGGCAUGAUAACCUUUCAGUUUUGGUUGAGAAGGGCCCCUGGUCCAGAUGUUUUGGGAACUGUAGCCCCCAUCAUGCUUCCCCAUAGGCUUUGCUGGGCAUCUUCCGACACAAAGACAGAACUGCAAACCCUCUGCCCUGAAGGCCAUUCCUUUGACUGUUGCAGACUGCAGCUCCCAGCAUCCUUAUUAUUUGCCGAUGCUGGCUGCAGGUCGAUGGGACUGGCAAUGCAACAACAUCAGGAGGGUUUUGUGAUUCCCAUUUUUGCUUGCGUUGGUUGCAUUUUCCAGCUUUGCAAUGAGUGCCAGUCUGUCUGGGUUAAUCUCCCUUGCAGCCCUGACUUUCUUCUCCUUUCUUUCUUUCUUUCCUUCCUUCCUUCCUUCCUUCUCAUCCACUUUCCCUCCAUCGCCCUCGGUCUCCUUGCCAAAGCUGGCUGCAAAGAGGCAGCUCCAGAAGCCCUAAUAAGGUGAACCAAAGUGGAGGCGGUGGAAGGCAGGAAGGCAGGCUGUAAAUCACCCGGCUUGUGACGCUGCUAAUUGAUGCCUGAAUAUUCAAACACACAUACACAACACACAACACAGGCACACUCAUUCCACGGCUCUGCAAGAAGCCAAGGGGCCUGGGUCUCUCCUUGAGAAACAACAGACCCAGCUGGGAAUUCGGUUUUUAAAUGGAAGCCGUUUGGCCUUUGAGUUCGCAACCCUAUCAUGGGGAUCAAUGUUCCUUGCAGCCCUGACUUUCUGCACCUUCCUUCCUUCCUUCUUUGCCUACGCCACCAUUUUGAGCAUGACUCAGAGCAUGGCCAGAUUUGUUCAGAAGGGGUUUGAUAUGGUCUUAAUCUGAGGCUGAGAGAAUGUGAUUUGCCCUGUCACCCAAUAGGUUUUCAUGGCUGAGGGGGGUUUCGAACCCUGAUCUCCCAGCAGGGUAACCAGACGUCUCCCCCUUUUCUGGGAUGUGACCUGCAUUUCAAUCUCCUUUCCAGGAGGCACUUCCAAAUUCCUUCCAUUUUGAGCAUGGAUUUACAUUUACACGAGUGCUUUGGUAAUGUCCUGUUUUUCUUGCAUCCUCUCCAUUUAGCACUGCCUUGUCCUCCUUUACAGCAAUGACCUCUGGUCCCCCAGCACCCCAGUCCCUCAGCCUACGUUCCUAUGGGACUUCUUUUUCCAUUUGCCUGGAAAAGUGUAAUUUGGGGGAGCCGGAGGAGCCAGGGUUUUGGCUGCAGCCCCAGAGCUUUGCAUCCUCACCCUGAAACAUGGCAGGAGGAGAUCCUUGAGGGAAAGCAGCUCUGCUGGAGGAGGUUUUUGGGGGAUGGAAAUUUAAGCAUUGCCAUGGCAACCCCUCCUGCCAGCAUCUUCCUGCAUCCUCUCCUUUUGGACCAGGGAGGGCUGCCUUCCCCCAGAGGAGAAAUCACAAAAGGCUGCCCAUGUUUGUGUUUGUUGUUGUUGUUGUUGUGAACAUGCCAGAAAAGCUUCCUUUCUGAAUCGUUUCACCUCCUCCGCCUUUCUUCUCCCAAAGUUUCCUAAACAACCGAACCCACCCUUCCCAGGUCAAGGCCUGAAGCCCCCAUAGAUCCCUCCAAAAUGCUUUUUUAUACCAAGACCAUAAUCGUUCUGCUAUUAAAAGCAAAAGCCAAAGCAGGAACCUGGAUAGCCAAGGGUUGAAUAUUGCAAAAUAUUUCAAGAAAUCAAUUGGAAAACAAACAAACAUUUGCUUUAAGACAGUGUUUCUUUAGCAACCUGAUGUUGUUGCUGUUAUGUACCUUUAGGUACCAUCUUUCUAGAAAGUUCCUGGCAAGAAAAAGCUUGUCAUGUCCUUCUGAGGCUGAGAGAGUGUGACUUGCCCAAGAAUACUUCUGGGUCUCCAAGCCUGAAUAGGGAUUCGAACCCUAAGCUCCCAGAGUUUUGGUCCAACAUUCAAAUCAUGCUGGCUUUCAAACCUAUGGCAAUCUUAUCCUUGAGUUUUCAUGGCCAAAUUUAUUCAGAAGAAACUGAGGCUGAGAGAGAGUCUAACUUGCCCAUGGCCACCCAGUAGAUUCUGCACAACUGAGUUGGGAAUCGCAUUCAGUUCUCCCAGUGCCCUAGUCCAAAACUCAAACUGCUGCACUAUGCUGACUCCGGGUUGACAUUCUCCUAGUUCUUUUCUUGGUAAGAUUUGUUUUUCCAAAGAGGUUUGUCACUUUUGCCUUCCUUUAUGCUUGAGAGGAGAGCCAGUGUGAUUUGAGCAUAGCACUAGGACUCCGGAAACCAGGGUUUGAAUCCUUGGUCAGCCAUGGAAACCCAGAGGGAGGCAAAGGCAAACCCCAUCUGAACAAACCUUGCCAAGAAAGCCCCAUGAUAGAGUCGCCAUAAUUUGGGAAAGACUUGAAGGCGCACAACAACUACAUGAUUGAGAGAAUGUGACUUGCCCAAGGUUCCCCAAUGGGUUUCCAUGGCUAAGUAGGGAUUCAAAGCAUGAUCUUCCUAAUGCUCAGGCAGAAUCUCUUUUCUUGCAAUUGGAACCCAUAAGUUCAUGUCUCUUGGUUCAUGUUCCUAACCCUGGUAUAGAGCUGAGAUUCAGAGGCAAGUUGGUGUUGCCUCUCAUGUAAAGCAUGCAUAGAAAAUUCUGUUUAAAAAUCUCUGGAGAUGGGGGUCCAUCACCCUCCAAUGCCAUCCGUUCCAUUGCCGAACCGCUUUUACCAUCAAGAAAUUCCUCCUAAUGUUUAGGCAGAACUUCUUCUCUUGUAAUCCCUUGGCUCAUAUCCCAGUCUCUGGAGCAGCAGAAAGCAAACUUGCUCCACCUUCUAUAUGACAUCUUUUCAGGAAUUUAAGUAUAGUUCUGUCAUAUCACUUCUCACAGUCUCCUCUUCUCCAAACUAAACAUAUCCAGAAAUAACUCCCGGCAAAGUCGGGUGGAUUUUCUCUUUGGAGAGACCACUGACUUUGGAGGAACCUUGGGGAGAGAAGAAGUAGUUGAAGGGAGUCACACUUCAUUUGGUUUUGCUAAUGGUUAUUGUAUUUUAUAAUAGCUAGUGGUAGACCACUGGCGUGUAUCUAGCAAGGGGGUUUGAUAAUGUUGGCUGGCUCCCGCAGUGUGCUACUUCUCAUGCUCAGAACUGAAUCUUUGCAUCUAUGCACGCAACUGGAAAUGUGAUUUGCAAGUUGCUUUGGGGGGGCUUUGUGGACACCCAAGAUCAGCAUGCGCAUUUGAAAAUAAAUAUAUGCAUGCAAGAUUAAGCUCUCUGA